AUGACGUCAAGGAUGAAGGAAGCUUUGAAGAAAGAUACUUCCCGUAAGGAUAAGAGACGGUACAACCUGGAAAAUAGAGUGAGUAAGAUUACGAGCAGUUUUUUCCAGGAGAAGGACCUGCAUUACAAAGACCGGCUCACUUCGUUGCAGACGAGUCUUACCACCCUGCAUCAGGGCACCAACCCGCUAUAUCUGAGAAACCUGCACGAUAUCGAGGAGGAGAGGGACUUGGAGCUGGUACGGUUGCGACUGUACGAGGAGUACCGUGUGUACCGUUCCGGAAUUGAGUUUCAGGAGGACAUAGAGAAGGCAAAACAGGAUCAUGAGAAGCUGGUCAAGUUGUGCAAGGAGAGGUUGUAUUUCAAAGUUGAACAGAAGAUCAAGAAGCUUCAAGAGGAGCGGUUGCUCAUGGAUGUCGCGAACAUGCACUCCUACUCGAUGGACUACAGCAGACCGCUGAUAUACCAGAAGAACACGCGGUCGCACACGGCAAACAACAACGGUGUUUGGGAAUCGUCGUCGAACGAGCUCAACAAGGAUGCCGGGUUUGGAAGCGCUACAGACACUGCUACAGGUACAGAGAGGAGGUCACUUCGGAGAAGACUGCAUAUGCAGGAGGGGAACAAGAGCGGCACGGAUAUGGACAACGCGGGUACUAACGGGGGAUACUACAGUAGUACCGUCAACGGUGGAGUUGCAACGGGGGACUACACCGAGGAUUCAGACUCUAGAGCGAGAUACUCAACUGCAGGGAACGGCGGUACUGGUUCUGGGUCCGGCAACAGAGGGCGCGCAAACGCUGGUGCGAAGGGGAGCAAAUCCAAAUUGGCUGGACAGAAUGGUGACACACAAUCUGAUACUGAAUUUUUGCAGGGAAUAAGUGACCACGCCGAUCUACAAACACUGUUAUUCGGUGAGAAGGAGGCGAAAAGCUCGAGUAGCUCGGCCAAUGGGGGCGGUAAGAAGAAGCACAGAAUAAAUCCGCGGUACUCCACGAAACCGGCACCACCGCUCACCUCGCUCACCAUGGAUGAGGUCACUGAGGACAUCGCAGUUAUCAAACAGCUCACAAAUCAGCCACCAGGCCCCUUCAAGGUACGAACUGAGUGA